AUGGUAACUCUAGUACGAAUUCUGCUCUGUUUAUUGUUUACGUCUCCAGAGUAAGCAGUCAUUUCUCUCGUAGACUACUCGUCUCAAAUCUCAAUGCACUUGGAUUUCUGCUAUAAUGACAUGAUGGUGAAAUACUGAAACUGAACUCCAAUCUCUGAUUUUUCAUUUUUAUUGAACGGUGGGGUAGUUUCCAACUGUAACAAGAGGACUCUGUUUUCUUUUGCUUAUUUAGAACUGAGACAUGAUUAGCAUGCGUGUGUCAUUUGAUUAUGGAUUAAUAAUAUAACAUAUUUUUAUGUUAGAGCCCUGAUGUACAGAACUUUAACAACAUCCAUAGUGGAUGGAUAAUAACACAAAAGUGCCCUAUAAAAUACAAUAUUUAGUGGAGAAUUAUGGGAUUGAGUUGCUGGAUAAUCUGUCAUCUUCUACUUUAUACCAAGUAAAUGCUUUGUGCACAUCAUAAUGUGCUUUUGUCUGGCUUCAACAGCCGCCUCCUCCUCUUCCUCUUUAGAUGAAUCUUCUUCCUUAUCCUGUGCAUGUUCAGUUCAGUUGGUAAUAGUUUUAGGCUUUUAAUAUUGACAAUCAAUUCAAAAUUAAUUUUAUCAUUACCAUAAACCAUCAAUAAUAUUGAAAGCGAUUAAUGUGAUGUUAUCACAUAAAGGGCAGUCUUUAUUUUAUAAAAAUAAGAUUUUGCAUUCCGAAAUUAAAUAUGUCAUAAGAGAUUAAAUUACGAUAUUAUAAUCUGUUAGGACACUUCCAUUAGAUUAGCAUCUGUCAAAUACUGUGGUAAAUCCUGGUGAUGAUAAAAUAGUGAAUAUGUCGUCAUCAUUUCUGCCAAAUAAAGUACUUUUAUCAUUCUGCGCUUGACCUUAAUUGGUGGAAACAUACAUAAAUGCUCAAUGGAUGCUCUACUGUUUUCCCCGAAAUUUUCUUUUGGGCCUAUACUCAUCAAAAUUGAGAUCAUUGUAUUGCACACUUUACCUUUACUAUUACAUCUGAAUACGAGAUUUCAAGUUUAAUCUAUUGAUCAUUUAUGGAUAUUAAAUUGCAGAUAAGCUAUUCCCUAGUCUUCUUUGGUUUCUCGUCAAAGACUCAUCCCACAGACUUUUUUUAAAAAAAAAAAGAAAUGUCUAGCUUCCUCGAAACCGGCCUGUUUAUUUUGUAUUAUUUAUACAAGACAGAAAAUAUACUCUGCAGAAAUGGAACAAGUAAUGCUUUUGGGGUUCUGGAUCAGUCCUUAUGUCACGAGAGUGAAGAUUGCUCUGCUGGAGAAAGGAAUUAAAUUUCAGUACAAAGAAGUAGUAGAUAUAUUCGAGAAUCUAAACAAGAGCCACUUGCUUCUCAGAUCAAAUCCCAUUCACGAGAAAGUUUCAGUACUCAUUCACAAUGGGAAGCCCAUCUGCGAGUCCCUUAUCAUCCUUCAAUAUAUUGAUGAGAUAGCUGAUUGUGGUAGGAAGAUGUGGGUUAGCAAGGGAGAAGUGCAAGAGGGUGGAAAGGAGGAGUUCAGAGAGUGCUUGAGACUCCUGGAAAAUGAACUCGGAGACAAGCUUUAUUUUGAAGGCGAUCGUUUUGGACUUUUGGACACCGCCUUAAUACCAAUCACUUGUAGGUUUUAUACCAACGACAACAUCUGCAAAUUCAGUGUUGAAUAUCAAUGCCCAAGGUUCAUGUAAUGGGUGAAAAGGUGCUAUCAGAGGGAAAGUGUUUCAGAAACCCUCCCCGAUCCCUUUAAAGUCUAUGACUUUGUGUUGUAGAUCAAGAAAAGGUUUGGAAUUGAGUGAGACUUCGGAAUCGGACUGCAAGCGUCGUGCAUGCUUGUCCUGAUCCCUUGUGUUAAACGAUGAAUCAACAAACAUGUCCACAUCUCUGUACCCUUUUUUUUCUCCUUAUUUUGGCCACAUCUCUGUAUUCGAGUAUAAUUGGAGCUGUUGUGAGUCCUUCCCUUAUCUUUCAAGUUAGGACACUCCUAUAUAUUAUUGAAUGUUCUUGAUCAAAGCCAAAGCCAAGUGAGUCAAAUAUGUACCCAGCCACAGGCAAAUUUGCCAGUUUAAUAGUCGA